CGCACAUUCAAUGGAAUAAGUUUCUAUUCGUGAAAGUUUUUUUUCUUUCUUUCUUUUUUUUGUGUGUCUUACAUUUCGGUAUGUGUGUGAUCCAAUUCACAUUGGCACAGCAUUGUUUUACAGUUACAACGAUACAUUGACAAAACAGCAUAUGGAUUUUGAGAUAAAAAAAAAUCUCCAUUAUAAACCAGAUGAACAGAUUAUAUAAAUUUUUAUCGAUAUUCGACUUCACUGGAAAUCAUAUGUUUGAAUCAGCUUACAGGAAACAUUCUAACAAAUGGAAUUUUUAUCAUUGAAUGUUUACAAAUGAACCUCGCCACACGCAUUGAUAACAUUUUUUUUUGUUUCAUUACAUUGUGUUUACUCAGUCCGAUUUUGAUAAAGUGCCUUGAAUUUCGAUUCGACUUUCGACCAACGCAAUGAUUUUUCUCUUAUGCUGAAAAUAUACAGCGCUAGGAGUAUGUCUACUGUAGUGAAGGAAUACACUGGUCCCGGUGGUGCUGAGGUUGAAAUAGAAAAACCAUCGAAAGACGAGUAUUCGGUCGCAAAAUGGAUCAAGAAAAAUGUACCGACGAAAAAGACGAAAUUUUUGAAUCAUCAUGUGGAAUAUUUUACCGCAACCAAAGCAUUAGAUGCAUUGAUGGCAUCAAAAUUCGCACAAGGAGACCAAUGUCUGUUUCCAACCCGUGAGAUUGCAAUUGAUUUUCUCGAUGCAAUGUUGACGCAUAAAUUUUUCCAUCGCGCCAAAAAGGUUCCCGUUUCCGAAGCUGAAUUGCGUCGCGGUAAAAAACCAAUCGAAAAGGAUAAUAAAUCGGACGAAGAGAAAACGGUUAAGAAACGUCAAACGGUGGAAAAAUCAAAAGACGACAAGGCAAGCGCUGAUGAUACCGAAACUGGUACAAAUGCCGAAUCAACGAAAUUGGAUAAGGCACCGGCUGAAAAGAAAAAGCGAAAGAUUCGCUUGGACAUGCAUCCGGAUCAAGUGUUUGUCGAUGGUGGUGAAGCAUAUGUUUGGAUUUAUGAUCCGAUUCCGAUGCAUUAUUGGUUGUUUGGUGCAUUGGUUGUUGUUGGUGCAAUCGUUGUGUGUUUGUUCCCAUUGUGGCCGCCAAUGAUUCGUAAAGGUGUUUACUAUUUGAGUAUUGCUGCCGCUGGUUUCUUGGUAUUCAUUCUUGGUUUGGCCGCAUUACGUUUUAUUGUAUUUUGUAUUGUAUGGGUACUAACCGGAUCAAAGCAUCAUCUCUGGAUAUUCCCGAAUCUAACGGAAGAUGUUGGUUUCUUUGCAUCAUUUUGGCCACUGUAUACACAUGAUUAUCGCGAUGGUUCGUCAGACAAAUCCAAGAAGAAGAAGAACAAAAAGGAUAAAGACAGCGAUGCUGAAGAUGAUUCGAAUGUGACAUUAUUGGAACCGGAAAAAAUUGAAAAUAUUAAAGAAAACGAAACGGGCACCAUUGUUUCAUCAUCGGUCGACGCACUGCUAUCAAAUGACGAUGGCAUCGAUGACGACCAAAGCGAAAAACAAAAUGAUCACAAUUCAAAGAAUUCCAGCGAAGUCGAACGAGACAGCGAUUCGGAGAGUUCACACCGUUCAACCGAUAAAGAUUUCGAAAUAGUUAAUACCGAUGAUGUUGAUACAUCUUAAUUUAUCAAAACAUUCUAACUUGCUUUUAAUCACUGAGCAUUUUUUUCGUUAAUAAAAAAAAGGAACACAAGCUGAAAAAAAACGACGAAAAAACAAUAAAUAUAAAUAUAUUCGGAAUUCAAAAAAAUUUGCUGAAGAGCAGCCAGUCCAGAGACAAAAAGUGUGUUGCUGUUUCUUUGUCAAAUUUUAUUUCCUUUUUUUUAUAUACAUAGUAAACAAUUUCGAUUUAUUUUAAUUCUAAUAAAUCUGUUAAUUACCAUGAAUUCAAUAUGUAUGUAUCCGAACAUCUUUUGAUAAAUUAUUAUUAUAUACACACAAAAAAACAAGUCCCCGCAUAAAUGAAUGUAAAUGUAAUGUUAAUAUGCGAACUUUGCAUUUGAUUCAAUUGUUUUCUUUCUACGAACAGAAUAUAUAUGUAGAUAUUUAUUACUGCAGUCGGUUGCGUUUGCAAUUCAUUGCAUUUGAAUUGCACGCCAUUCGAUCAACAAAUGCAACGUAAUAAAUGUCAGAACUACACACUUUUUUCACUCUUCUGAAAACAACAAAUUCAGUCUCACACACAAAGAGAGGAUAAAUGAUACCUUAAAAUUAUUUUAAGUAAUUACUAUAAUAUGAAAAUAUUAUAAUUAUGAAUGUGCAACAAUUUAUUCUUCCCAUUGAUUUGUUAUAGUAUUUUAUGCAGUCCGAUUACGAUUCGAUUAAGUGUUGAACAGGUGGCAAUAUCACAAUGAAAAGAAGCCAACCAAACACAGACCGAUUUCAUUUCUUCUUUUUUUAAAUUAUUAUUUAUUUGAAUUGUAAUACAGUGGAUUUCGUAUCGCUGACAAUUGCAAAGAAUGGAAAUCUGGAUUUUAUUUAUGUAAUAAACCAUUAUGUAUUUAAUAUCGAUACAAAUUUAGA